AUGUACCUGAGGAGCAUUGUCCGUGCCCCUUCCCUGCUCCAUGCCGGGACCCGGCAGCACCCGCAGGGGUUAACUCGGCGGAGGCGAUCCGGAUGGUGCCGUUACAAAGCUGUGAUCUUUGAGGAGAGCGGGGUGCUCCUCCCGGCCCCCUACAAGACAGCCACGGACUGGGAGGCCCAGAACUGUAUUCCAGCUGGCACCAUCCAACAAGCCAUACUCUCUGGAGGGGAAAACAGUCCCUCUCUGAAGUACACAAGAGGAGAGCUGACAGCUGUGGAGUUUUUGCAGGAAUUGGGACAGCUGUGCUUUGAGAUUGCAAAUGUCUGUGUUCCAGAGGACUCUUUUCUCUCGGACUUGAUCAGAAAGGAGAUGAUGAAACAGCUCCCCAUAAUGGCAGAAGCAGUACAGUGUAUCCGUGCAGAAGGCCUUAAGACAGCUCUUGUAAGGAGCAACCGCUGCCUGCUGAAAGGAGAGAGCUUUGUGCCCCUGGACCGAAAACACUUCGAUGUGAUGAUGGAAUCUUACUGGGAAGGAAUGCACAAGCCCAGUCCUCGUCUCUACAAGCUGUGCUUGGAGCGCAUGGGCGUUCAGCCCCGCGAAUCCAUCUUCCUGGACAACAGCAGCCAGAACCUAGAAGCAGCAGCCCAGCUUGGCAUUACCACGGUGAAGGUUGACGAUCCAGAAGUUGCAUUCAAAGAGCUGGAAACCUACCUGGGUUUUCCUUUGCAAGGGUUUGUUCCAUAUACUUGUUCAGUGAGACCAAGCAUGGAAAUCCCAAAAAAUCAUCUGCAAAACUACCUCGAAAACGUUCUCAGUGACCAGGCAACAGGCCCACUAGUGUUACGGCAGUUUGGCCACGGAAAGUGCACCCGGACCUAUCAUGUCAAGUUUGGAGAUCGCUCGCUAGUGCUGAAGAAGGAGCCCUCUGGCAGCGUGCGUCCCUCAGGCCCUACUGUCAGAAGGGAAUACAGUUCACACACCUGCCCCGGCAGGGUACUGAAGGCACUGUCUGAGGCUGGUGUUCCUGUUCCCACUGUACUUGCUCUCUGCGAGGACAGAAGCACCCUUGGCACACCUUUCUUCCUGAUGGAGCACUGUGCUGGCCGUGUCUUCAGGGACGUCUCCCUCCCCAUGCUGCAGCCCAGCCAGCGGCAGGCUGUUUAUGCUGCCAUGAGUCAAGUCCUCUCCAAGAUCCACAGCGUGGACCUCAGCGCAGCCAAGCUGGAGAACCUUGGGGAGCAUGGUAAUUACAUUCAGAGGCAAGUUGAGACCUGGACAAAGCAGUAUCGAGCUGUGGCAACUCAUGUUAUCCCAGCCAUGGAGAGACUCAUCGAGUGGCUGCCUCUGCAUUUUCCUGACUCGCAGAGGACGACAGUCGUGCAUGGUGAUUUCAGGAUGGACAACUUGGUCUUUCAUCCAGACAGGCCAGAAGUCCUUGCUGUCCUUGGCUGGAAGCUUUCAACUCUAGGAGAUCCCAUCUCUGAUUUGGCGAAUAACUGUAUGGCCUUCUUCCUGCCACCUCACUUCAAUGCGCUGAGAGGCUUGUGGAAGCGUGAUUUGGGGCACCUGGGAGUCCCCACGGCAGAGGAGUAUUCCCAGAUGUACUGUGACCACGUGGGAGUGGAGCGCCCUGAGAACUGGAAUUUCUACAUGGCCCUCGCCUUUUUCCGACUGGCUGCAGCGCUGCAGGGACUCUCCAAACGCUCUCUGGCAGGGAGGCCAGUCCCAGGUGAAGGCAGCCCGGAGGAUGCAGAGUUUGUGGCCGACCUGGCUUGGGAGUUCGCCAUAAAAGAAGGAUUCCGUGUGUUUGACCGCCUCCCCGCCACAAAGCCUCCCCCACGACCUUCCAGCACCUGUGCCAGGCGAGGGCCAUUCCUCAGCAGGAGCUAUGGUACCUGGCCACGUCCUGGGGCAGCUCCUGAGCCCAAAGGCCCCCUGGUCACUCCCUUCGCCAGCCUGCUGGGGAUGGCCUGGGGUCUUUGCUGCAAGCUGGAAAAGAUCAUGGGUGGCCAGUGGAGUCUUCUGAUUUUCCAGACCGGAUGGACUCCACGUCCUCUUCUAGAGCUUAAGGCAGAGAGUGGCAGGACCAAAGCAGAGGCUCUGAUGAUGACUUUACAGGCCGUGGAUCAGGAGAGCCAGGUCUCUGAAGCAGAACAUCUCAGCAGUGCAGACCCCAGCCUGGUGCUUCACUCGGACCUGAGAUCCCCGUCUGACUGA